AUGUUCAUUGUCUCUACUGCAAAUUCCUCUAAGGAUUCUUCGUUGAUGCAAGCUAUCGGAAAGGUUCUUAGCCUACGCCGUUCGUUAACUAAGCUUGCCGUGACUAAGGGUCUAAUCGAUUAUUAUCAACCAGGCAUGAUAUUCCAACAAGAUAAUGCCAAUAUUCAUACAGCACAGGGCACUCAACAAUGGUUUGAAACACAUGGAGUCGAGGUUAUGGAAUGGCCUCCACAUUCGCCAGAUAUGGCCCCAAUUGAGCCUAUAUAG